AGUAGAAAAAGAGUACGGUGGCGCGGCUACGAACUUCAUUAUUUCUUCAACACAACCGAGUUUCGGUCUCAUGGCUCAGCUGUACGAGCACAAGCUUCCCGAAUAUAUUUUUACCGAGAAACUUGGACAAGGAACGUAUGCGACUGUUUUCAAAGCAUACCACAAGACAGGUGCACGGCGAGUCGUUGCUAUAAAAUGCAUCUCCAAAAACUCUCUUACCAAGACAGCAACCGAGAAUUUGCUUACGGAAAUAGCAAUAUUAAAGAGGAUAAAGAACGAGCACAUUGUGGAACUCAUAGACUUCCAGUGGAACCAGCAGUUUAUUUACCUUAUUAUGGAGUACUGCGCCGGCGGCGAUUUGCAUCGCUUCAUACGAGCCAACAAACGGCUUCGAGAGUCUAUUGUCCGCAAGUUUCUUCAGCAGCUCGCGAAGGCUUUACGAGUUCUCCAUCAACACAAUAUUGCUCACAUGGACCUGAAGCCGCAGAAUAUCCUUCUCUCUUCUGUUCGAAAUCCUUCGCUGAAGCUCGCAGAUUUUGGGUUCGCACAGUACUUGCGAUCAGGUGACCUGGCCAGCUCACUUCGAGGAUCUCCAUUAUAUAUGGCUCCAGAAAUGCUGCUCAGUGACCAAUAUGACAACAAAGUGGACCUGUGGUCUGUCGGCAUCAUCAUGUAUGAAUGUCUUUUUGGAAGUGCCCCGUAUGCGUCGCCUACUUUUGAAGAGGUAGCAGCAAAAAUUCGCACUGACAAGCCUAUACAGCUUCCGCAAGGUGCAUCUGUGUCCGACUGUUGUGCAGACCUGCUGCUGAAGCUGCUUCAGAGGAAUCCUGAGAAACGCAUAGGCUUUGAAGAAUUCUUUGCCCAUCCAUUUGUCGACCUGGAGCACAUUCCAAGUGCAGAGACUCUUAAGAAAGGAGCCUCUCUGAUUCAGCAGGCAGUGGCCAAGGAUAGCCAGGGUUGCCAGCGAGAAGCACUACACCUCUACUGCCAGGGCCUGCAGUAUCUGCUGCCUGUUUUACAGAAUGAGACUGACUUGGAAAAGUGGAAAUCAUUACAAGCAAAGGUCAGCGAAUACCUUCAGCGUGCUGAAACGCUUAAGUCGACACUGAAGUCAAGGGAGGCUAUUGUCAUUGAUGAUGACAACCAUGGUGGUGGGACUGAGUUCGAGGACAUUUGCGAUCGGUAUCCUCCUCUCCAGAGUGCCCUUCUCUUGGUCAACUCUGCAAAAAAGCUGGCUGUUGCAAACAGACUUAAGGAUGCACUGAAGACUUAUCAGGAUGCUUUAGACAUUGUCAUUCCUUUUAUGAGCAAAUGCAGGCCAGAUGAAAAGGAGGUGCUGAGAGCAGAAGCUGAAAAGUGGCUGGAGGCUGCAGAACUAGUCAAAUCGUACAUGGCCAUGCAAACCAUGGAGGUAGGAAGGACAGCUCCUGUGAAAUCAGAACAAUCGUGCACCAUACAGUAAAUCUUGGUCAUGUGGGAAUGGUUGUCACCAAGCCUUGUACAUCUGUAAAAUAUGUGUUAUGUUUUCCACUUGUGUGUUACAUGUACUGUUGCUGUGCUUGGCCUUAAAGGGACACUAAAGUGAAUCUAAAUUUUGGACAUAAUGUAGGCAAUGUCGUUUAAGCCACUAAUGCACCACUAUGCUGCUGUUCCAAGUUUUAACUUCGUUGUAAAACAAACGAGAGGAGAUUGGACAACUUCAUUAGUGAAGGCAUGAACUGUCAGCAAGCCACAAGUCAAUAAUUUGCAUUUGGUUCAUUGGUGCGAUACAUUUUUGUUCACUGUGCCGUUCCAGCUGCGUGGUGUUUCAUUGAUUCAUAUUUGAAUAAGUAUGCACACUUAUGCCAUAUCUGUGCGUGAGAUUUCAAAGCAAGAGUAAUAAGUUGUGGCACUAUUCUCUCAAAUAGUAACAUGCCAAGCAAAAGUAUCGUGCAAAAUUUUGCAUUGGCUCCUGCCAGUAGUCACCUCUGGUGUACAGUCUGGACUACAGAUGGCGCCCUCAACUCUUGUCAGAAAGUGUAUUCAAAACCACGUAGCAACAUGGAGGAAAGUGCAGUCAUCAUCAUACUUAACCCGAACACACCUUAACCCUUUCAGUGUCCAUUUUUUUUUUUUGGAGGUGAGAGAGAGAAUAAACUUUAUGUAAAAGAGUGCACGAGCUUAGGUAGCUCCUCCACUCUGCAGUGGGUGGUCCCCUCACUCCAGGAGUCCAGCGGCCUUAGCUGCCCUUCUCGCUUGGUUUACCAGGUUGAACUGGUCCGUUGAGUCGGAGCUGGACAGCGCUGCCUCCCAUUGCCGCGUGGUGGGGUGUGUUAUGGGUCUGAGCUGUGUGCUUGCGCAAGCCCAUACCAUGUGGUAAAGCAUUGUGCAUUGAUCGCAGUGUGGGCAGGUAACGCACCCUCAGUGUCAGGUGUAUUUUUCUCGGAUAUUAUAGAGCGAACGCUAUGGUUUGUUUUCGCUUAUGCAGAAGGGAAAAAACAUGACACAGAUAGUGGCAAAUGCACACUUAGUAUGGUCCUCACAUUCUUGUCUUUGUUUUCUAUCUCCUACAUAGUUCUGACGUGAACGCUUCUGUGAUAGCGCCGCUGUGUCAGGGUCAGAAAAAAAAGAAACUUCUAUAAAUAUAUGACAGAUGGCCGAAACAUGCUAAAGGGGUGGCAUUGCACCAUGGCACGUAUAUUUGACCGAAGAAUCACUGCCGCAGUGGUGCACAAAGUCUGGGAACCACCCCUCCCAUUUGCGGAUGCAGCUCUGCGCGACGCACCCACGCCCACGAAGAGGCACAUUCUGCAGCGUGCUAACAAAAACCCAGACUGAGCACACCCAUACAAAUGAGAAAAUAUGCUUCUAGAAAUAUACAACAGAUGGCGGGACUACCUCAGAGCGCGCCAACUUCUUGUUACUGUGCACAUCCGGCUGAAAAGAGUGGAGAAUGUAGGGGGUACAUCAGUGACGUGGCAGGACAGCAACGCAAUAACGUACCUGUACGUCAGUCACACUGAAAGAGUUAAGCACACAGGCUUGAAUGUGUUCGCCUAAUGUGUCUUCCCCCACAUCAUUCAAUGUUUGCUCCUUGUGGCCCGUGUUUGUUAAAGUUAAGCUGCUAUAGAUGUGUGUUCAUUGUUAGAGCCAAGUCUGGUCGGGUUCGUACAUGGGAGCCUGCAUUCGAACUUGUUAGAGUGAACUUUUCUUUUGAGCUGGCUUCUUCUUCGACAUGUAGCAGCAACUCUUGAUCUCAGACACCAGCAUCACAUGUGCACUCAGGCAGGCUUUGCUCAAGGAAAGAGCCAUGGUUUGAGACAUUUGCUCAUCUACCUCCAUUUUAGGCAAUAUUAGUUAACCAAAUCAGCAUACCCAAGCCGAAGGCAUCAAGCCAUUAGGUAGCACCUACUGUAAAAAUAUUUCCAGCGCCUUUUUCAUGAUUGGCUUGUGCUAUUACACUACUGGGAACCGUAUGAGGCCAACAGAAAAUGAAGCCAAGGAAAUUUUCUGUUGACCUCAUAUAGUAGUUAUUAACGAACAUUGAGCCCCCUUAGUUCACCUUUCUUCUCAUUCAUUACACUACUGGGAGCCACAGGGAGCACAAACAGGCUCUUUUCAACCAGCCUUUUUUAAGAAACACACCUUGAAGUUAUCUUAAAACCUGUGAAAUACGGUAUGGGUGUUCUGGAUUAAAUUUUUUAGAAGCAAGUAAAUUAAUUGUAAAGUUGUCUUUAGUGUCCCUUUUAUGCUCGCAUAGGCACAAUGAAUGUGUUCAAAGUAGCAGCCAUCGAACUCAAAUAUCUUUUAUAUUUUUCAGACAUUAGCAAUUUGUUGCAUAAUGUUAUGCACGUUUAUGUUAUGAACAUUGUUGUGUACAGUUGUUAACAAGUUGUGCAUUAAAGCAGCCUAUCAUGGUUACACAUGCUCUGAAUUCCUUGAAGGGUUUCCUCAGACGUUUUCCUUUCCUUUACAGAUAGUACAGCGCUGUUUCAGCCUGUAUGGAACUUGAUGUGGGUGGAUAAUAACACUGUUCAUAGAGGAUUGUGUGAAGUAGCUAUAGAUUUUGGUAUGACAUUUUGUUGAAGGUAGAUUUUUGCAGCAAUAUACGCUUUAAGGUGCACUGAAUGUCAACUGAUUUCAUAUUAAGAUAGAGGGCCAGGCUACUGUGAUAUAUUGUAAAGGAAUCGAAUGCAGUUAGCCUGCUGUUUCUCAGCUGUUGAAAACGUGCUUUUAAUAUAAUUAUAUGUGACAUUUGGGCUAUGUUGAGGAAUAUUCAUUUGCGGUGCACAUUGGUUCAUUUGUAACUACAGCGCAGAACAUAGCAUGUGUACAUCAAUUAUAGUAAACACUGAGUGGAGGAAGUUUUUUUUUUUUUUUAGAAGGUAAUUUCAGCUCUGCGCAGUGUAAGAUAACUGAUGAAAAUGACAAAUAACUGUCUGGUAUUGCCGAUCAAUAUAGACGGUUAUAAAGCGAAUGUCCAAGUGUGAGGCCUGGCACCACUGUGGAACUAUGUGAUCGAACCACAUAAUAUUGCAGAGAAAUGCAUGCCUGAACCUUGUUUUUACUGACUGAUCAUCCAAUAAUUUCAUGGGACUAUUGCUUAUUUGCGUAAAUGAUUCUUGUGGAUUAUAUGUUUUGAUGCUCAUUUAGGCCAGAAGUGAAUGUAACUGAAGAGACUCCAUAGUGAUCGAAUUGUACCUCUAACCUGGCAGACCGCCCGCCGCGGUGGCUCAGUCAGUUAAGGCGUUGCGCUGCUGAACACGAGAUCGCGGGAUCAAAUCUCGGCUGCGGCGGCCGCAUUUCGAUGGAGGCGAAAUACAAAAACGCCCAUGUGCUUGUGUUGUAGUGCACGUUAAAGAACCCCAGUUGGUCAAAAUUAAUCCGGAGCCCUCCACUACGGCGUGCCUCAUAAUCGGAACUGGUUUUGGCACGUAAAACCACAGGAAGAAGUAACCUGACAGAACGGCUCCAAUACUGCUCUUGUUACCCAUUGCAAGAUUAUUCUGUUCACUUUUCCUAAAUAUUUCCUAAAAUGUUUCUCGUGAUCAGCCAACUCUGAACUAAACUAGCAGUAAUGUUUCUUCAGCAGAAGUUUUUCCCACACAUUCUUUGACUUGUUGUUGCUGAACCCAGUGUUGUCUAUGAAAAGUAUGGCAGUUUUAAUUUAAUCAGAUUGUUUUUUCAUCUGGGAAGUCACUCACUAUCAUACUGUGCAAAGGCACCAGCCAAUAUUCGAGCAUCUCUCCUCCUCCAUUUUUUUUUCUUCUGCAACCUUGCACUAAUUGCCGAAAUAUGAAUCUUUAUAUUCUAUAACCUAUGGCCUAUGACCUCUCCAAGCUCACACCGGUGGCCAUUUGCAUAGCAUGCAAUAUGUUGGCACGUGUUCACAUAUAUAAUUCAGGAAAUUACAUGAAAUCUUGUAUUGCCACAUCUCACAAGUAUUACUCGCAUGCUGCAGUGGUCUGAACAAACUGUUUUCCUGGGAUGUCAUUAUCAUAUAUACAGUAGUGAAUAAAAAAAUGUGAUAUUUUGCA